AUGAGCUUGAAUCCUAUCCAAGAAAUGGGUGAAUCACCUCAUUCAACUCCGGCAUAUAAUUCUUUAAGCACUUCUUCUACGUCCUCAACUUCUUCUCUUUCACACCAUCAUCAAGCACCUAUUAGUACAAGUUUACCCUCAUUUUCUUCUUCCGCUUCCACAUAUACUGCUCCGAUUAUUCAAGCAGGUGGAACCAUUACUACGAUCACACCCAUGUCGACAGAUACAAAUGGCCCAUGGUCUUCUCAAGCUUCACAGCAACAGCGUCAAAUGCCCCAAACUCCUCAACUUUUCUCAAAUUAUCGCUCCCAGCCUUCCUUUUCAAAUCGUAGUGGUCACUUUCACGAAAAAUCAAAUUCAACUGGAUCGAUUAGUGUUAAUUUAAAAGAUAGUGCUAAUACUAAUCAUUUACAUUAUAUUCCUUCUCAUCGAAGUCCUGUUUAUGAUCAUAUGCCAUCAAUUACAAAAGAAUUAGAAAAAUUAGAACAAUCAGGUCAGGAUGAUAAAUGGGCUUCAUUAAGUGCAAAAGUUUUACCCUUAUUUAAUGGUUUAGGAUUAAAAGCAUAUAUUGAAGAUUUGAAUGAAUUGGUAAGAUGCUGUAUAAAAGAUCGAUCCCCACAAUUGUUGCGAGAUGACAUAAACAACCUCUUGUUAACAGGAAUGUCCACUCUUAAUGGAAAAUUGAAAGAUGUUCCCGAUGAAAAACUUGUCUCUCGUCUAGUUGAAAUAUGGGCUUUUUAUUUUGGAACAGUUUUACCUUACUUUGAAGGUGUUUUCCUUCCAUUACAAAUGCAAGCUACGGCACAACGUGACGAUAUGAAUGUUAGACGACUUGUAUUAAUGAGUUUUAGAGAUCAUGUCAUAUUACCAAUUGGAAAAAGAGUGGAAGAUGCAUUUAACAAGUUAUUCCAUGACUUUGAUUCAGGAAUUCCAGUGACUGAUACUGCUGCUCGUAUGCUACAAAUGUCAUAUAUUUUAUCAUCAAUUUUAUCUGAUGAUGAAAAACAAAAGGAUAUGGAUCGAAUUUUGGGUAAAUUGAAAAAUAACUGGAAAUUAUUUAUGAGGCGUAGAGAUCGAAGAGGAUUCGUAGGAAUGUCUCCUUCAAAUACUUCCAAUGUACAAACAGCAAGAGAGUCAAAAGUAGGUAAUAUAGCUAGUAAUACUGCUAACUCUACGGACGGAAUGCCCAUCAUUUUCAGUCCCGCUUCAUAA